UUCUCACCCGACACAGCUGUGAUUGUUUUGUGCAGAGGAAGCUCUUGUGCCUGCUAUGAGCUGUGUGCUGUGGAAUGGAGCAGAGCUUAGUGUGUUGUCUGCUAACGAUGAUGUGAACGAGAUUUCAGCUUUUACGCACAGAAGACGUCUCCAGAUCAAGCCUUAAAGUGCCAAAUGCCCAGACUAGAGGACCACUGCUGGAGCUGCUCCUGUGCAUCAAGUGUUGAGACCAAACACUCAUCCGGAGCCCACUGGUUAGCAUCCAAAGCUGAAGAAAUGAUGUCCAUAAUCACCUCUGUGCUCAGCAAUGCGUACGGCUCUCUGCACGACGUGCGCACGGCCAACCUGAUCCGCCGGGGUCUGGUGCUCUUCACCGUGGGAGCUUUCCUGGCCCUGGUGCUCAACUUGCUGCAGAUUCAGAGAAAUGUCACCCUGUUUCCCGAGGAGGUGAUGACAACUUUGUUUUCGUCUGCCUGGUGGAUCCCGCCGUGCUGCGGCACAGGGGCCGCUGUGGUGGGCCUGCUGUAUCCCUGCCUCGACAGCCACCUGGGAGAGCCGCACAAGUUCAAGCGGGAGUGGGCCAGCGUCAUGAGGUGCAUCGCGGUGUUCGUCGGCAUCAACCACGCCAGUGUUAAGCUAGACAUCGACAACAACGUGCAGCUGUCCCUCACGCUGGCAGCCCUGUCGCUGGGUCUGUGGUGGACGUUCGACCGGUCCAGGAGCGGCUUCGGCUUGGGCAUCACCACCGCCGUGCUCGCCACCGUGUUCACGCAGCUGCUCGUCUACAACGGAGUCUACCAGUACACGUCUCCGGACUUCCUGUACGUGCGCUCCUGGCUGCCGUGCAUAUUCUUCUCCGGCGGUGUCACCGUGGGGAACAUCGGACGCCAGCUCGCCAUGGGCGGCGUGGAGAAACCCCACAUGGACUGAACGGAGCACCAGGAAGGACAGGCGAAUUAAAGAUGGACACAUUAUGUGAAGAAGGAGAGUAACAAGUCUGGUUUAGACUUCAUCCUUUGUCCUCAUAACAGAAGUGCGGCUCGGGAAAGCCCCUCAUCCAACGUGCCAUGCACAUCCUUGUGGCCAAACCUCCAUUAGCAUCACGGCUCCCUCCACACGAGACAGGAGGAAGCGUUUGCCUUUUUUAAGUUGAUUUUGAAGUGUUUUAUUUCACGCUGGAGGUGCAGAUGUUCCUGCAGGUGAAGGAGUGGAGGUGUGGAUGCACCUUGGACUUUGAGGAAAAGACUAUUUGUUUGUUAUUUUUAAUAUAUAAUCAUAAAAAGGGAAAAUGUACGAGUGGGUGAAACAGAUGUCCUCACUCUCUCAGUGAAAUGUAUUCUCAGAUGAAGCGCGCAGGGGAGAUGUGAAUUCCCAGUUAAACCAAAUUAAGUAUUUAUUUUUGAAAGACCCCAAAGCAAACGGACUGGACGGAGUAAUUCCUUUAAAGUGACGAUAGAUUAGAGAGACAGGACGUAUGUACAGGAGUGCCAAUUGGUCUUUACAGGCUCUGAUUCACCUGCAGAAAUUCAAGUUACCCGAGUGAAAAGGCUCACAGUUUAAGCUGCAUUUACCCUUAAAUAGUAUAUUUACAACAGACAUUUUAUUUUUGUGAGAUGACUGAAAGGGAUUUUUUUUUAGUGCUGAGAAAAAAAAUCUUUAUUCUUAGAAAAAAUGGAAAUUCCUGAUUAAAAAAAGCUGUAAUUCCGAAAAAUAAUUCAGAAUUCUGUGGAGAAAAAGUCAGAAUUCCAGAAAUAGAGAAAAAGUUGGGACUCUGAUUCCUGAUUCAUUCUAAAAAUUCUGACAAUAAGAAACAGAAUUCUGAAAAUAAUCUCAGAUUUUCUGCAGAAUUCUCCCUUUCUUUGGCCCUAAUCCUCCCCCGUAUAAAACAGACGGAGAGUGUUAAGAAAGGGAGAAAGUCCAAGCAUUAUUCUGGAGAUAAUGUACCAGGAGUAGACUUCUUUUGCCCCCGGUUUAAAACGCUCUCUGAUAAUUCUCUCUUUCACGAAAGUUUGGGAACAUGCGGCGGGUGAAGGAGACGGAGGGACAUUGAGAUUUGCAAUCUGUGAUUGCCUGUGUAUUUUAGAACGUAGUGCUUUUGUCACUAUAACCAUUUUAGUUUCAUUUGUACAAACAUGACCUUAUGCUUACGGCUCUCCCGUGCGAUCAGACAGGUAUUACUGCCACUCUCUACAGUGUGUUAGUUAGAGGAUUAAGUGCAAUCAUGAGCCGAUCUAUUUAUUGUUCCUGACGAGUAUAUGCAGUGUGGAUACUUCAAAACAAAGCAAUAACAUCUGUUUGAGAUUAGUGUCAGACUUCAUGCCUUCAGAGUCAAAACCAAUGACUCACUAGAGAGGAAACUAUAUUGUGUCAAAAGAAUCUCAUCAUGGAAGGAAAUCAUAUUUUUUUAAACUUCAUGUGGCGGAUCGAUCUGCUCACAUUCAGGUGUGUUCUUAUUCUGGAGAGGAAGCUUUAUUUUUUGAGGUGGUGAAGCACCUGAAGGUGUUUCUCUGUCUGAUAUUUCAGCGGUGUAUCAUUUUUUGCUACCAUGGAUUUAAGUGAAAAAUAAAAACACCUCAUACGGACA